UGUUUAGUCGGCCUUCUCAGCGCUCCAAUCCUGUAUCCGAGGGGUCUGCGUCCUCACAUGAAGCUCGGAGCUGCGGGAAGCAUGGAAGGGAUCGAGGUGGAAGUCCGGGGCCCGGGGGGAGCGUUCUACACGGGUUACGUCCAGGAUGUUCAGGAGGAGACGGUCACCGCUGUGUUCCCCAACAGCACCAUGCCGGAGAGACGUGUGCCCUUCAGCGAUGUCAGGCUGCCCGCCCUGGACUCCUCCUCCGGUGAUAUAAAUGAGGGUGACCCGGUGGAGGUCAUGUCCCGGGCCAGUGACCAGGAGACCUCCGGUUGGUGGCCGGCCCACGUGCGGAUGAAGAAGGGAGAUUUUUAUGUGGUAGAAUAUUACGUCCAUGACUCGCCCUUCAACGAGAUCAUCAGCCGGGAGCGUCUGCGAGUGCCCAACCAGAACCAGGCGCCCAACUUCUACAGAUACAGCCUGCCGCUCCCCGAGGACGUCCGCUCCAUAGCCGCCAACCCGGAUGCCCACAAGGAGUUUAAGAAGGUGGUUGGAGCCAACUGUGUGUUACUGGACGGAACCGGCACCGAGCUCAUAGUUCUGUCCACAGAUGAGGCCACCACCAAGCGCUCAGCUCUGCUGAAUGACAUGCAUGUCCGCGCCCUCCGGAGCAAGCUCAGAUUAAUAGCCCAAAAUGAGGAGGCCACAAGGCAGCUGGAGGUCAGUAAACAGCUGGCGGUGGCGUACCGAGAGGAGUUCCAGGUUCGGGAGGAUCUGAUCGGAUUGGCAAUCGGCGCUCACGGAGUUAACAUUCAGCAGGCUCGGAAGGUCCCAGGGGUGACGGCGGUGGAGCUGGAUGAGGAGACGUUCACGUUCCGGGUGUUUGGGGAGAGUCAGGAGGCCGUGCGCCAGGCUCGGGGGUAUCUGGAAUUCACAGAAGGCUCCAUGGAGGUUCCUCGUUCUCUCGUGGGUAAAGUGAUUGGGAAGAACGGCUUCGUCAUCCAGGAGAUUGUGGAUAAAUCGGGGAUUGUCCGGGUCAAGGUGGAGGCCGAAGGAGACAAGAACGAGCAGAAGAAGGAGGGCUUGGUGCCGUUUGUCUUUGUGGGCACCCAGGACAGUAUCAGUAACGCCCUGGCGCUCCUGGAAUAUCAGAUCUCCUACUUUCAGGAUCUUGAGCAGCUGAGGAUUGAACGUCUUCAUAUUGAGGACCAACUGAAGAGCGUUGGGGGCCUGAGGAUGAUGCCCCCCAAAACUGAGAAGGACAAAGGUGCAGCACAGACAAACGGCACAUCUCAACAUGUGCCCAACCACACAGCGGGACAGGGGAACGAUAAUAGGUACAGGACGCCAUACAGAAGCCACAAGCCCCCCGACUCUGCUGAGCAUCCCACCCAGACGCAGCCCCAAGAAACAGAUCAGGUGAACAAAACAGAAGCCCCCCUAACGAAGAGGGAAUCCCGAAGACGCACGAGAGGAAGCAACAUCAAGGAGACGGUCGGAUGACGGGCGAAUACUUGUGUUUUCGGGUGAGGCGCCUGCGGGGUCACCUCCUGUCUCAUGCUCUGUGUAUUAUAUCGUGUCCAUCUAUAAAUAUACUGUGAAUUAUAACCCAG